UUUCUUCGCUUCGACACGAAAUACAUAUGAUCAAUAUGAAGAAACGAUCUAUUAUUUUGGCUUUCGUUGUUUUGCUUGCCUUGUUUCAAGGUGUAUUUGCCCAAGUCAAGCAAUGUAAUUCUGCAAAUAAUCUUUGCUUGACUAUAACGGUUCCAAGUACAAUGAAAGCAGAUGAUGUAGCUACGUUUGAGAUGACGGCUCCUUCAACCAUUGG